CGCCUGCGCGACGAGACAGCUGAUUUUGCUUGCUGUUUCUCCGUCCUUGGAGCGAUCAUGGCCGGGCGGGGGAAACUGAUCGCCGUGCUGGGCGACGAAGACACGGUGACCGGUUUUCUGCUGGGCGGCGUGGGCGAGCUGGACAAGCACCGGCGCCCGAACUUCCUGGUGGUGGAGAAAGAAACGGCGCUGACCGAGAUCGAGGAGGUUUUUCGGAGCUUCCUGGCCCGCGAGGACAUCGGCAUCGUCCUCAUCAACCAGUUCAUCGCGGAGAUGAUCCGCCACGUCAUUGACGCGCACAACAAGUCCCUGCCGGCCGUGCUGGAGAUCCCCUCCAAGGAGCACCCUUACGACGCCUCCAAAGACUCCAUCCUACGCCGCGCCAGGGGCAUGUUCACCGCUGAAGACUUGCGAUAGGCGGGCCAGGAGAGCCCACUCCCUUCCCGGGCCGGCUUCUGCUUCGCGGUGGUCCUCCUUUCUUGGCCCCUUCCUCUCCUUGUGUUGCCUUGUGGUCUUUCACCUUCUGCUCCUCGUCAUGCGGAAGAAGGAAUCUUCGUUGGAGACGAACUCUUUGGUCUUUUUGAGCAUCCAGGCUGCUCUUCACCCCACCCUGUUGACCUCAUGGGAGUCAGGAACCCGGAAGUUCUAAGCGUGGCUGGCUGGGGAAUUCUGGGAGUUGAAGUCCACAGGUCUUCAAGUGGCCAAGGUUGAGAGUGAAGUUCCACAAUCCAAUUCAGUAUUUCUCAGCCGCUUUAAGACGGGUGGAAUUCAACGCUGGUGGUUUGGUGUCCACUUCCCCUUCAUCUGGGACUCUUGGGAGAAGACCCCAAUCUUCUUCCCAGGACCUAGGCUGGGUUCCUGAUUUUCUCUGAGGUCGGAAUUGGCCUGGUUGCCAUUCCAUGUCCCUUGUUCUUCAUGACCAGUUAUGGUCCUCACCACAGAUCUACUUUGGCCCAAGUCCUCUGCUGCUUCUCCCUGUCCUCCUCCUCCUUCUUGCUAUUUAAACCCUUUCCUUGAGGAUGGAACCCCCAAAAUGGGUUUGAUGUUAAGAUGGGAUAUCCUGACUUGUUGCUUGCAAGAAGCUAGUUUGUUUAUCUUUCUCCUACAGUGCAAUAGCCCAGGGGUCUCCAACCGUACCAACUUUAAGACUUGUGGACUUCAACGCUCAGAGUUCCUGAGAGCAAAGCUGGCUGAGGAACUCUGGGAGUUGAAGUCCACAAGUCUUAAAGUUGCCAAGGUUGGAGACCCCUGCAAUAGCCAAACAUCUCCCCUCCCUGAGAUAUUGCAACCCAGAUGAAAAAUUUUCCUAAUUUUUGCCUUCCCUCAAAAAGGAAUUCUGCUUCCGAUGGCCAAGACGUCCCCUUGACCGUUGGUUGUCUAGAAGGAAGUUCUGCUCCGAUGAACCAUUUUGAGUCUUCUUCAGCCUAGAGCCAGGUUUCCCAGCCUUGGCUGUUUGAAGAUGUGGUGUGGACUUCAACUCCCAGAAUUCCUCAGCCAGCAGGGUUCUAAGCACGGCUGGGUGGGGAAUUCUGGGAGUUGGUCCAUACAUUUUCAAGUGGCCAAGGUUGGUUCCACCAUCCAAUUCAUAAUGUCACAAACUUAGCCGCUUUAACCUGCGUGGACUUCAAUUCCCAGAAUUCCCUAGGCAGCAUCGUUCUAAGCAUGGCUGGCUGGGGAAUUCUGGGAGUUGAAGUCCAUCCAUCGUAAAGCUGCCAAAACUGAGAAUGACGUUCCACCAUCCUAUUCAAUGUGUCUCAUCUUCAGCCACUUCAAGACGUGUGGACGUCAACUCCCAGAAUCCCCUGGUUCUAAACAAGGCUGGCUGGGGAAUUCUGGGCGUUGAAGUCCCCGCAUCUUAAAGUGGCUAAAUUGAAAAACCCUGGCCUAGUGGCUUCCCACGAUCCAUCGGAAGUGGUGGUGUUUGGGGUCUAGGCCCCCCAACUGGGAAAGUCUGAUCCCCUUUUCUCCCCUACCCUGCCUACAAAGUGAUUAUCUAAUAGCAGUUGCAAUUCCCCUGGUGUCUCGGAAGCAACCAUGCCUGUUAAACCAAAACCCGACUGGAUGGAAGGAAUUAAUAAAACUGAUUUCUGUUUAA